GUCUAUCUGAUAUAUUUGCAAGAUCAUGUCUAGAGCCCGUCCUUUGAACCCAAAGCCCAUAUUUGACGAGGAGCUAGUCCUUGAAGCAUUCAGGAAAAACAAGAUCAAAGAGUCCAAUGCUGCUAAACUUUGGCGUUACCUUAUACAGCAACCCGAGAAAACUAUAGACGAGAUUCCCGACUUCCCAAAAGCGGCGAGAAAGCUAAUUGAUGAUGAGUUUGUGAUAACGACGUCAAAAGUAAUAUCUCGCACCGAUGCAAAGGAUGGUAGUACGACAAAGCUACUGAUAGAGCUACAGGACGGGCAGCGGGUGGAAAGUGUAAUCAUGCGUUAUGGAGAGGUUGAACUGGACUGUUUUCCAGAAGAGGAGGAGAGAAGGAAGAGGCGACGGAGGGAAGGGAAUGGAGAAGAUGGAGAGGAAAUACUGGAGUUUCGAUCGAAUAAACGAGCCACGUUGUGCGUUUCGUCUCAAGUAGGGUGUGCCAUGGGGUGUACAUUUUGUGCAACAGGAACGAUGGGACUUCUUUCAAACUUGGCAGCUGGUGAGAUUAUCGAGCAGCUCUAUCAUGCGAACAAGAUUGAGAAAAUCCGAAAUAUAGUGUUCAUGGGUAUGGGAGAGCCACUCGACAAUUAUAAUGCAGUCAUGGCAGCCGUCCGAGCCAUGGUUGAUACUGGCCGGUUUGGCCUUGCCCCUUCAAGGAUAUCUGUCUCGACCGUAGGAGUCGUACCUAGAAUCCAUAGUCUGAUCAAGGAUGCUCCCAACAUAGGCCUGGCGCUUUCCUUGCAUGCACCAAACCAGACCCUUCGCCAGCAAAUUGUUCCUACCGCCAAAGCUUGGCAUGUGGAUAGAAUACUUUCCGCUUGUGACGCGUUCAUAGAUCACCAGAACGGGUUGAUCAAAUCUACGAAUCGGCGUCGCCAUAUUCUUGUUGAAUAUGUCUUAAUCAGGGACGUCAAUGACUCCCAAGAAACCGCCCACGAAUUAGGCCAACUGCUGAAGGGGCGACAUGUUCUCUUGAACGUCAUUCCAUAUAAUCCAACAUCAGUACCGCAUGAUUACAAGACUCCGAAUAGAGAAGACAGUCGUCGCUUCGUGGAGACGGUGCGGGAAUACGGCGUUCAUACUCUCUUGCGUCAAACCCUAGGAGCAGAUGCAGCCAGUGCUUGCGGUCAGCUAGUCAUUGAUAAUGGCGGACAAAAGACCAGCGGACAGUGUGGGGACGAUAAGGGCACAGGAAAUGGAGUCGCCGAUCUGGAAGAUUUGCUACAGAAUACUGGAGCUGGUAAAAAUGGAGUAAAAGUAUCCAUCAAGUAUCGCAAGAAAGCCCCGUCACUCGCCACUCCUACUGGUGUGGAACGAAAUCCUCUGGACACACUCCAAUCUGGCACGGCAGCUCUUACCAAGAGAAGGUCACGGCUGAAGGUGGCAACAUUGUGUGCUUUAUGUAUAUUAUUUGCUGUGGUGCUGGGUAGGGUAGUCCUAAGAUCUCUGGGUUUGGCAACUGUAUAGCAUAGAAGAUAUAUUUGCAUUAUUUCAUUUGUAACAUAGGCGUGGAUAAUGAGGGGAUGUCUUCUGGAAAGGAGAAUGGGAUUUGGAAUUACAGGAAGAUUUACAUAGUGCGGAGCCGAUGGGUAUUGGCACUAGUACAUAGAUUCCAACCAAUUUAAUCAUAAUUUUACUCGAUUUAGACUCA